AUGGGUGACUUUAUGAAACUUAUUGCCGCGUUUAAUGAACUUGCACCCAAAGACAAUACAGUGCCCAAAACUUUGCUGUCCAUUUGCACUGGUGCCCUCUUCUUGGGGUACAUGGGCAUCUUCAACGGCCGAAAGUGUACUACGCAUCGCGGGGCCUAUAGGAGUUUGCAAAAGGUCAACAUGGAUGCAGCUGCAGGACAAGAUGUUGCCGGGGGGGUCAUGCAAGCGCGCUACGUCGACGCAGGCUCGAAUGAGUACGGGACAAGGAUUAUUAGCAGCGGCGGCGUGUCUUGUGGCUUGGACGCCAGCCUAUACGUGGUGGAGAUUUACGAUGGCAUCGAAACAGCAUAUGGGGUUGCUGAUAUAUUAGACUACAAGUGGCGAAAUACCGAGUGCUUCGUGGUAGCACAGUAA